AUGAUUGAUAUCGUACUUCGACUUCAACGGCGAAUAAAUAAGUUUGUAUGCAUUAUGUGGUCAAAGCCACCAUCAAAAUCCAGAUUCUUCCGUUUUCGGAUUAUUGAGUCACGAUGGACUAGAUAUUUCAUUAUCACAUCAAUUCUACAAGCUAUUUUAGUCAUAACUUUAGAGAUAAGAGUUUUAUUACGUAACGAUGAUUCAAGUAGAGAUGCCCAAUAUUUUAUGGAGUCCACUAAUUUUACAUACGAGGAUAAUGGAUGUACUAUAAAGCCUUCACUCUUCCGAAUGAAUAAUAUUGAAGAAGAAAAUGCUAUUUUCAUAAUUUUUCAAUUUUUUCAGAUGUGGUUUUGUUUUAAUGCGGUUUAUAAUCAAAACACUAUUCAAAUUAUCAUAAUCUCGAUAAUCAAUUACCUUUGUGCUUCGUUUAGUCUUGUUCAGGUAUUUGAAGUUAAAAAAUGGUAUUCAGAUUUAGAAAUUGCAUGUCCUGGGGGGUUUAACAAUUUAGAUCCGCACUUCUGUUACUAUGAUGUACCUCUUGUGAUCGUAUUACUUCUCUCUGCGACGAUAAUGGCUUUUCUGAGUUGGAAACUUUAUCGUCAAUUUGGUUGGAAUAUUUAUCGAAAAAUUGGCGCUGAUAGGAAAUUCCAAUUCGAAGAAGCAAAAAAGGAUUGCUGUAUUGCUACUUUGCCACUACCUUCACCUUCUUCACCUUCUUCACCUACUUCACCUUACAAGCGAUGGCCGAUAGACUAA